UUUUGUUAUAGUUUAAAUUUUUAACGUUUUUAUUUACAUAAUUAAUAAGCAACAUGGCUGAUGGUUUAUUUUAUGCACUUAAACCAAUAUGUGUAAUUGUGGCUAAAGAACCUAAUGUAAAAAAUUUGACAUCUGCUAGAGAAACAUUUUGUAGCCUCAAUCAGAAUGCAAUAAGUGAACCUGCAUUACUUGAAUAUGUUAUGUUUCCAUUUAAUCUAUCUUUAAAUAAAAAGCUUAAAGAAGAAGAAGAAAUUCUUUGCUUUCAAUGUUUAACAGAAAUUUAUUGUAAGUGUAAACAAAGUAUUAUAACCGAGGAUAUUUUGUUGUGGAACCUGAAUACAUAUUCUUUAUUUUUCCUAAAAUCUAGUAAAGAGAUUGAUAAAGUCCACUGUUUAGAUUACACAACAAGUGAGGAGCAACGACAUGGAAUUACUGUAAUGCUGAGAAUGCUUUUAUCUAAAGUUUCAUUAUCUCUAUUUAAUGUUUUUUAUCAGAAAGAAAGACUUCCUUUAAUAGGACAUGUUGUUUCUGUGUUGUUAAAUUUAGUAGAGGGUGAAAAAAAUUUAACACUGCAAUUAGUUGCUCUUGAAUGCUUGCAACUUUUAGCUGGUUUCAAUAAUCAACUAAGUGACUUUGCUGAAACAUUUGGUGAUACGUUUGCUUCUUUUUUUCCUGGUGUGGCUACUUUGUUUAAUAGAGUUUUAGUUUCGCCCUUUCAUCAAAAUCAUCGAUUGGUAGAAGCAUGCUUAAAAACAUUUUCAUUGAUGAUCAAAACAGUUUUGCAUGAUAGUAUUUGUAGCAAUGAUAGUGAAAUGAAAAUUACAGCCUUACUGUGUAAAACAGCAAAGACAGAAAAUGAAUUUCAAUCAAUUGAACAACUUGAUGAAAUUGAUAAUAACAAGAAAAUCUUAAAAAUUGAAAGAAAUAAAAAAUGGCUGCACAAAUCAGCAAACAAUAUGAAAGUAAUAUUUCAAAACAUUUUUCCAGUUCUUAUGUGUCAUUCUCAUGUCAGUGUUAGAUGUGCACUAACCUCAUUCCUAAACAUUUUACUGCUCUCUUGUAUGGACAAUCUUAAAGAAAGUGUUCCUGACUUUAUAGUUGUUUUAGCAAAACUGUCAUGUGAUGAUUAUGAAACUGUUCGAACUCAGAGCAACCUCACACUAAAAAUGGCACAACAGCAUUUUCAACAAAAAGAUCGGAAGGACUUGCAAGAUAUUUUGGAUGAAAAAUGGUAUUCAGAAAUUUUAUCUUUACCUCGUGUUAUAAGCUUUGCUUCAAAUGAUGAUUUGAAAUGUGCAAAACUACAGUUGAUCAAAGGGUACUUGCAGUUUUAUGGAGAUGGAUUGAAAUAUCUUCUUUGUUCAUAUGCAUAUCUUGAUAAAUUUUUGUGUGCUUUAAUUCAGAUAUUAGAACUUGAUUAUACAAGUAUAAAUGUAGUCCAAGAGCGUACAGCACAAAUGUAUAUGAGUAUUGAUGCAUCAUCUAAUCCACCUACUCAUUUUCAAAUAAAAAAUUUUAAGCAUUAUAACAAUACAGUUAUACUUAGACACAUAGAAGAUAUAAUACGUUUAAUAGCAAUUCAUGGGGACAUGUAUUUAUUAAUUGACCAUCUAAUAGAAAAAUAUUUGAAUUCAAUGCUUUAUAGAAUACAAGCUGUUUUGGUCAUUAAUACAAUAAUUAGCAGCAGGGAAACUUAUGAACAUAACUGUGAUCUCAACCCACUAAUAGAACUUCUUAUAUCUACAUACAUUCAGGAGGAUUGGUGGAAUUUGCCUAUCAAUAAUUUAUUGUAUCAAAAUUUUAAAAAUGAAAUAAUUAGAGAAGAUAAAAACUUAAAAAAUCAAGUAAGUAUUUCUUUUGAAACGUUACAUCAAAACAUUCAACUGAUUUCUGCUUUGCUAGAAGGAAUUAGUACUUUUGCAAAAGUUAUGAAAACUGAUUUUAACUUAAUUAAUGUGCUAUAUCCUGUUCUUGAAAAAGUUGGAAGCACAAAUGCCACAAUUAGUAGAACUGCUCUUCAAACUUUACAUGAUAUAGUAAAGCAUUGUGGGUAUUCUAGCAUUUCAGACUUAAUUCUCAAGAAUUCUGACUACUUAAUUAAUUCAAUUACUCUUCGUUUUCGCCGCUUUGCUAGAAAUUCAGCUGCAACUUCAGUAUUAUGUGUAAUUCUAAAAUAUUCUAAUAGUGAUAUAAUGUCACUUGUUGCUGACGCUACUGGUGACGUUUUCAGAAUUUUAGAUUUUUAUCAGGAAGAGGCAGCUUAUGAGAUGUUAAAUGUUUUGAUGCAUUUAUCACAAGCAGUAGACAAAUGGUUUAAUGGAGUAAUUGACGAAAAAGAAAAAGAAACCAAAAAAAAAAAGGAUGAUAACAAAUUUGAUAUUAUGAAUAAUAGCAUUCCAGUUGAAGAUUUUUUUACUGCAUAUUCUGAAGAAUAUUUGCAUGCACAUGGUUUCAUAAAUGAAUGUGAAAUUGAUUCUAGCAAUGAUUGCGUUAAUGGUGAUUCUAAUUUUGAUGAUACAGUUGAUGUUCAAAAAGAGGUUCCAAUCCAUUACAGAGCGGUUAUAACAUCCAUGGAGAAAUGUGUUUAUUUUAUUGCUGCUAGAGACCUGGAAAUAAAAUUAAAAGCUCUGGAUGUGACUCUCUUUGGAGUUCUAGCAUUACGCAAAAGAGAAAAUGACUUGCUUCCUUUAUUACACAAUCUUUGGCCAGCAAUUAUAAAAAGACUUAAAGAUCUAGAUAUGGUUGUGGUGUUAAAGGCUUUGGAUGUUGUGUGCACAAUGGUAGAACAUUCAGGCGACUUUUUGCGAAAAAGAAUGACGGAUGAAUUUUUACCAUUUGUUGUACGAUUUUUGGAUGAGCAUGUUUACACUUUUACUCAAGAUCAAUCAAAAUAUAUUCAAGUCAAUAAGGUUUUGACAAAGCUUGUGCGUUUUAUUGGGGCAAUUAUUCCAACUUUAAAUCCGACUAAAAAAAUAUUUUGUAAUCUUUGUUCCUCCUUAUUUCUAUACCUAGAUUACAGAUUGCAUUUGGCUGUGCGAGAGAGCAACCGUGGCGCAAUGGUUAGAGCGCUUAUUUCAGAAUCGAGAAACCCAAGACUCAAUCUCUGCUCUGACCAUAUAUGCGACAUCGGAAACAGUUUCAACACUACAGAAGUUUUAUCGUUACAAACCCGACAUAAUUUGGCUUUUGUUUGAAAUUACGCAUAAAACACAUGAUAUAUCACACAAACCUUUUAAACCAAUCACUCAACCUCAAAACAAUCUCCAAGAUAAAUUUUAUGCAGAGAAUAUAUGUAAGAUAUUUUCCUAAA